GUUUUGAUUGUAGAUCCGGCUGCUCAUCACAGCUCAUUACUCCCCUUCAGAGAGCUGGCUUCGAACUAUCCACUCAUCCGCCCAGCUUCCACAGGUCAAAUCCAUGCAAAGACGCUACCUCUAUGCCCAGUCAAGGGUACUGCUUCUGUUGAGUGUCUCGAGCAAGCACUGAAGAAGGUGGAUUGUUGGCUGAAGUCGACCAAGAUGAGACAACGGUCUUCUCAGGUCAUGGAUUACAAUCGUCAUCACCAUAAUUCCGCUAUACCAGUGGUCGUCCUUUCUGCUUGUAGCAAUAUCUGUGGUGCGCGUCUCGAUAUACCGACAGUAUCAACUCUGAUCCAUGAAUAUAACGGUGUUGUCGCAUGGGACUUGGCAGCCAUUGCAGCUCAUGACAAGGUCGGCCCUUAUCUGUCGGACUCU